UUAAGUUUUUUCAAUCCCUUAUCUAUAUGUCUGUCUUAGUUAUCACCACGUAACUUAGAUAAGAACGACCACUUGUGCAAAUUAUCAUUACACCAUGGCACCAACACUGUACAUAACCCCUGCCAGUCCCCCGGUACGAUCAGUCCUCAUGGCUGCCAAAACAAUUGGUUUAAAUCUGGACUUGCAGCAGGUCAAUUUGUUCAAAGAAGAACACAAAACCCCCAAAUUUCUUAAAAUGAACCCGCAACACUCGCUUCCAACUCUGGUGGACGACGAUGGGUACGUUCUAUGGGACAGCCAUGCCAUAAUGGCCUAUCUCGUUUCCAAAUAUGCCACAAGCGACUCUCUUUAUCCCUCUGAUAUCAAAACUAGAGCACUUGUGGAUCAACGACUCCAUUUUGACAGCAGUGUAGUUUUUAGAACAUUGACACAAAUUUUGCGACCAAUGAUUUUUCAAGGAAAAAAUAAUGUAGAUCAGAAAGACAUAGAUUCGGCUCAUGGAGUUUACUCUUUCGUGGAGACUUUUCUAGAAGGUAGAGAGUGGAUUGCUGGAGAUAGUGUCACUAUUGCGGACUUUAGUUUCAUAUCGAGUCUGACUUCUUUCAAUGCUGCUGUUAAGAUAGAAGAGUCCAAGUAUCCGAAGUUGGCGGGCUAUCUUAAAAGGGCGGAGUGUUUGCCCGGGUAUGAAGCUAAUAAGGAAGGAUUGGAAGCUUUCAUCGCUAUUGUGAAACCACUAUUGAAGUGAAAAUGUGAAUAUAGACGUGAUCAGUAAUUACUUUUUUUUUCAAAAAGAGUUUUUGUUUAGGAAAUAACUUGCUUUCGACGAAGAUAGAAACUUUUUUUUUGACUUUCAACUGAAAUUUUGACGAUUUUUGAGAUAAUAAACAUUAAAUUUCAAA